AUGUCGAGGAAACCUAAUAGUGCUACAUCUAGGUUGAAACAAGACUAUCUUAGGCUAAAAAGAGAUCCUGUUCCGUAUAUCACAGCAGAGCCUCUUCCAACAAAUAUACUCGAAUGGCAUUAUGUCGUUUGCGGGCCAGAAAAUUCACCCUAUGAAGGAGGUUAUUAUCAUGGAAAACUCGUUUUUCCUAGAGAGUUUCCCUUCAAACCUCCAUCAAUAUACAUGAUAACUCCUAACGGGCGUUUUAAAACAAAUAAAAAACUUUGUUUAAGUAUAUCUGACUUCCAUCCUGACACGUGGAACCCUGCCUGGAGUGUAUCCACGAUUUUAACAGGAUUAUUAAGUUUUAUGCUCGAAAAAAGUCCAACAUUGGGAAGUAUAGAAACGACAGAUUAUGAUAAGCGACAAUUUGCUUAUCAAUCAUUGGAAUAUAAUUUAAAAGAUAAGAGUUUCUGUGAUUUAUUCCCCGAUAUAGUAACAGAAAUGCAGGCUGAGCUGGUUAAAAGAAAAUCAACGAAAAACGUUACCUUAGAUCAAGAAAAAAAUCUUCAAGCAAUCGAACAACCGAGCAGUUUUCAAUCGUGCAUUACGAACCUGUGCGUUAUAAUUGGAUUCGCCGCCUUCGCUUUUACGGUGAAGUAUGUCAUGAAAACGACAGCGUCCGAAACGGAAUGA